AUGAUCUUCUGCCUUAUUCACAAGAUGGAUCUUAUUGCCGAGGAGGAACGCGACAAGUUCUUCGCGCGUAAGCGGCGUGAGCUGGAGGAGGCCUCGGCCCCGAUGCCCAUCAACUGCCUGCCCACUUCCAUUUGGGACGAGACGUUGUACAAGGCGUGGUCCGAGAUCGUGUACCGGCUCAUCCCCAACAUCGGACACAUCGAGUCUCUGCUUCAGAAGUUCUGCCAGAUCGCCGGCGCCGACGAGGUCGUUCUCUUCGAGAGAGAGACGUUCCUGUUCAUCUGCCACACUUCGCUGAGGGAGUACAAGGACAUCCACAGAUUUGAAAACAUCUCCAACAUCGUCAAGAACUUCAAGCUCAGCUGCCGGUACCCUGCCCUCUAA